AUGUAUAAACCGGACACGCUCACGCGCCGCGGCAGCCUCAGAUCCCUGCGCAGCGCCCCGCUCCUCAGCACGGUUCUAGAGAGCACGCUCUCCCUGACCCGCAUCCAUCCGAUUGCCUCCUUGGAGCUACCGGGCCUCGACUAUGCGGUGCAUUCGCAGUCGGCCUUCGGUUUGGGGCUCGCCCAUCCGCGUGACCUAGCCGCCCUUGGCACCUGCACCUCCCUGCGCAGUGGCCUUGCAGCGAUCACCGCAGCCUCCGCCUCCGCCGCCGGCGGUGUAUCACAAUCGCAAAGCGCUUUACUUGGCCGCUACGGACCCAACGCCUCGAUCCGUCACGGAGAGCGGAAAAUAGUCCAGCCAAAACGGGUUCUAUCACGCAAACUAAAGCCACAUCUUGUUGCGGACACCGUUAAGCAGUAUAUAAGUCGGGCCCAACGCACAAAAAAGGGUUCUCAAGAGCAACAAAAUAACAUGGAGUUUUUACGCGGCGUCUAUGCGUUUAUGCAAGUGAGUAGAUCAUCGGUGUCUCAUGUCAAAAUCGAUUCACCUGUUUUUCGCCUGCACACCAACGCAACGGUUAUAUUACUGAUCACAUUCUCGAUUGCUGUGACGACGCGGCAGUACGUAGGAAAUCCCAUAGACUGUGUACACACAAGAGACAUUCCCGAAGAUGUUCUCAACACAUAUUGUUGGAUACACUCAACGUAUACAGUGGUCGAUGCGUUUAUGAAGAAGCAAGGUUCCGAGGUGCCUUUUCCCGGAGUUCACAAUUCACAGGGCCGCGGGCCUCUAACAAUAAAGCACACAAAAUAUUAUCAAUGGGUAGCGUUUACACUAUUUUUCAGGUAAGCAAUCUUAUUUUAUACACCAAGAUGGCUGUGGAAAUCUUGGGAGGGUGGCAAGAUUCAUGCGCUCAUCAUGGACUUAGACAUAGGCAUUUGUUCCGAAGCCGAGAAAAAACAAAAAAAGAAAUUACUUUUAGAUUAUUUGUGGGAAAAUUUAAGAUAUCACAAUUGGUGGGCGUACAGAUAUUACGUAUGUGAGCUGCUCGCCCUUAUAAAUGUGAUAGGUCAAAUGUUUCUUAUGAAUCGAUUUUUCGAUGGCGAAUUUAUGACAUUUGGCCUGGAUGUGAUAGAUUAUAUGGAGACCGAUCAGGAAGAUCGCAUGGAUCCGAUGAUUUACAUAUUUCCCAGAAUGACCAAAUGUACAUUUUUUAAAUAUGGUUCAAGUGGGGAGGUGGAGAAACACGACGCCAUUUGCAUUUUACCAUUAAACGUUGUUAAUGAGAAAAUUUACAUUUUCCUUUGGUUUUGGUUUAUCUUAUUAACGUUUCUCACAUUAUUAACGCUAAUAUACAGGGUGGUUAUUAUAUUCUCACCUCGAAUGAGGGUCUACUUAUUUCGUAUGCGAUUUAGGUUAGUGCGUCGUGACGCUAUUGAAAUAAUCGUUCGUCGUUCGAAGAUGGGCGAUUGGUUUUUGUUGUAUUUACUAGGUGAAAACAUAGAUACAGUUAUAUUUCGUGAUGUUGUACAGGACUUAGCGAAUCGUUUAGGACAUAACCAACACCACAGGGUGCCUGGCUUAAAAGGUGAAAUACAGGAUGCAUGAUAUUGGGAGUAUUAGAAACAAUACAAAAUGCAAUUUGUCGUCUCCAUUUGAAUACCAUCUCAAACUCAACUAAAAACAACAACAAGAACAAGACUAAAUACAACCACAAGAAAUCUAGAGAUCUUCGCAGCAGCCGCUUCAUUGAAAAAAAAAACAAUUAAAACCA